GAAAAUGCAGCCUCCGCUGUAAGAGACACGUAAAGUGGACUUUCUCCUGUUUACCAGGAUCACUUGAGAGAUGGAGCAACAACCGGCCAGGAAGACGUCUCGGGCUUCGGAGAGACUCAAGCUGCUCAUCAAUCACCUUGAUCGAUCACAGGCUACGAUCAGAGCUUCACCGACUUCAGCUCUCACUUCCACCUACAGCAGCAGCAGUCAGCCGCAGAGACUGAGAUAUACUUUGCAGAAUGACCUGCUGACUCCAGAACAACAACUGUUUUAUGAGGAAAAUGGCUUCAUUCUCAUCAAGAAUCUGGUGUCUGAGGAGGACAUCAACAAGUUCAGGAAAGAGUUUGAACGGAUCUGCCGAAAGGAAGUUAAAAUUCCCGGGCUGGUGGUGAUGAGGGAUGUGGCCAUUUCAAAGUCUGAGUUUGUUCCGGAUCAGAAAGCUGUCAACAAAAUCCAGGACUUCCAGGAAUCUCCCGAACUGUUUCGGUACUGUGCCCUACCACAGAUGCUGAAGUAUGUGCAAUGUUUCACUGGACCAAACGUCAUGGCCAUGCACACCAUGCUGAUCAACAAGCCUCCAGAUGCAGGUAAGAAGACAUCCCGUCACCCGAUGCAUCAGGAUCUUCAUUACUUCCCGUUUCGACCAGUCGACCGGAUCGUCUGUGCAUGGACGGCGAUGGAAAGAGUGGACAGGCAGAACGGCUGCCUGGUCGUCCUACCAGGAAGUCACACCGGCACGCUGCAGGAGCACGAGUACCCCGAGUGGGAGGGCGGAGUUAACAAGGUGUAUCACGGAGUGCGAGACUACGACCCACAGCAUCCCAGGGUGCAUCUGGAGAUGGAGAAAGGUGACACCGUCUUCUUUCACCCACUGCUCAUCCACGGCUCUGGCAUGAAUAAGACGCUAGGCUUCCGCAAGGCCAUCUCCUGCCACUACGCCAGCUCUGAUUGUUAUUACAUUGACGUGAAAGGAACCACGCAGGAAAACAUCGAGAAAGAGGUUCUGGAGAUCGCAGCCAGGAAGUACACUCUGGACAGUAUCUCAUUUGCGGACACCUGGGCUCUGCGAGGGCGUCUGGUGCAAGGAGAGAGGAUUUCACUGUGAGACGAAGAUGCUACACGGCCGCAGUCCGAACAAUCACUGAGCUGAUAUCAGAGCAGAUUGAUACAGUGAUCAUUUUCAUGUGCUGCAAUUCUGAAGUUGAAUUUUUAGAUUUCUUAACACACGUAAGCGAUAACUUGAACCAGCACUUCUGCCUUAUAACACAGUGCACAUUGUCUAAUUUCUGUUAGAAAUAUUAAUAUAUAAAUAUUUUAAUAAUGGGUGAAUGGAUUUUGUUGGUCUUUUAGUAUCUUUCAAUUUAAAUCGUUAUGUUUUAAUAGAUAUAAUAAAAGUUGCUGCUAUACAUUUAAAAUAUGAAAUGUUUUUUCGAUAUUAAGAUUCAUGCUAAGCAAUGAUCAAGUGAUAUACUGAUUAAUGCGUUUGGUUUGUCAAAAAAAAAAAAUCUAAGCCUAUGGUUGAUAAAUGCAUCUAUGUUGCACAGCUGGAAAUGUACAGCCCCAUGCUGCAAGGUAUUAUGGGUAGAGGGCUCAGAUAGAUAAAAAAUGUCUGGAUCAAGCCAAACAUUUUAAAUUGUUGACUGCUUCUGAAAAUUGUCGGAGAUAAUGAUACAAUAAUAGUAAUAAUGACAGGAAAACCAAAUUAUGAGGUUCAGCUGAUUAAGAGUCAUGGGAUCAAACCCAAACAGUAGGUUCCCAAAGGAGAGGUUGACACAGAGUAGGGUCUGUGGAUGAUAUCCACAAAAGGUUGUACACUUGGAAGUGUAAUGCUGCUGUCUUAGCUCUUGAUUUCUUAUUUCUUACAAAAGCAAACAAAGGUGUUUAUUAAAACUUUGUCAGCAGGUAAA